AUGAAGCUCGCCAUCCCGCUCUUCGCAACGGCCGCGCUCGCCUGGAACCCCGUCAGCCAAGUCACCGAACACCUCUAUCGCCGCGCCCUCACCGACAUCGCACAGACGAUGAUCAACGACCUCAACAACAUCCGCAACCAGACCACGGCCGUGACCAAAGUCAUCCAAGCCUUCGACGGCAGCUCCCUCAACGCCGCCCUGCCCAUCAACGCCGCCACCGCAAACGUCAUCUCCGCCAUCAACAACGCCACCGCGGACGCGAAGCGCAACCCCCAGAAUCUCACCUCCGCCGGCGCCCAGGCCCUCGCCCCCGUGACGCAGGAGCUGAGCUACGCCGCCAACCAGUCCAUCGCCGCCCUCAUCGCCAAGAAGGCCGACUUCAGCAAGCUCGACCUCGACGCCAUCGUCCUGCAGAGUCUGCAGCAGCAGCUGAACGUCAGCGCGGUGUUCAGCGGUCUGCUCAUCCCCAAGAUCCCCGCGGAUACACGCCCCGUGGCGGUCGCGCUGAACUCGGGGCUGGGGAUGAGUCUGCAGAUGGGCAUUGACUGUUUCAGUGGCAAGAACGCGAGCUGCAACCCGACGCCCGUGAAUGCGAGCAGGACGUACGAUUCCGCCCUCCAGGAUGGUGCUGCGGUCGGUGCCGCGGGGAGGACGGUGGGCGCUGCAUCCGCGACCGUGGUGUCGAUGAUGGCAUUUCUGGCUGUUUUUCUCACAUGA